CCAAAGCAAACAAUCCCACAGUGCUCAGCGAUUACGUGACGUUAUCUCCAUUUUGCAAGAGGCCUGUGUAUGGCGAGUAGUGUGUAGACGUUGGUGCAGAUCAGUUGAGAUUUCUGAAGAUUUGAACCUUUGCCACAAUGGGGGAUAUAAAAAAUUUUCUGUAUGCUUGGUGUGGAAAGAAGAGAGUGACACCAAAUUAUGAAAUCAGAGCAGCCGGAAACAAGAACCGUCAGAAAUUUAUGUGCGAGGUUAGAGUGGAAGGCUACAACUACACUGGUAUGGGUAACUCAACAAACAAGAAGGAUGCGCAGACAAAUGGUGCAAGAGAUUUUGUCAACUACCUUGUGCGUAUUGGAGAGAUGACAGCGGAAGAAGUUCCUGCACAUGUGCCUGAAAUCGCUGAAGGAGCAGCACAGAAAGGAGAUGGGUUUGGAAAUCUGCCUGCAGAUGGACCACUUCCACCUCACUUGAAAGUAAAGUCCGAUCCUGACUCAGGAUUUACUAGCGCUAACUGGGAUCGUGGAGCAAAUCUAAAAGAUUAUUACACAAGAAGAGAAGAGCAAGAAAAUGAGGCAACCCUCGAGUCCGAGGAAGUAGAUUUAAAUGCUAGCCUUCAUGGUAACUGGACCUUAGAGAAUGCAAAGGCUCGUCUCAAUCAGUUUUUCCAAAAAGAAAAGAUACAAGGAGAAUAUAAGUACAGUCAAGUAGGACCGGAUCAUAACAGGGCAUACCCGGUGCAUGUGUCAAGUGACCCUAAUCAGUCCAUAUCUUUUAAUGGCACUGGAAAUUGGGUGUACAUUCCAGAGGCAAAACAAGAUUGGGAGCAACUGAUGUCUUUCCAUAUGAUUAUUGCACCUGAAGACCCCAGCUAUCCUGUUAAUUUAUGUGUUGGAAAGUUGGCACAUUUUGAACCUUCUCAGCGACAGGCAUAUGCUGGAGUUGUACCUUGGUCUCCACCCCAAGUGAAUUGGAACCCAUGGACCAGCAGCAAUAUUGAUGAGGGUCCUCUUGCUUAUGCCACACCAGAACAGAUCAGCGCUGACAUUAAAGCUGAGCAGAUGUUCACUAUGAAGAAUAAUAACGAACUUACACAGAUAUUGGAUGAACGGGACCAGCUUCCUGUGAAGAGGUUUGAGGAAGAGAUCCUUGAUGCCAUUGCUCAUAGCUCUGUUAUCAUCAUUCGAGGUGCCACUGGGUGUGGUAAAACCACUCAGGUUCCCCAGUACAUAUUGGAUGAGUACAUUCGGAAUGGCAGAGCUGCUGAAUGCAACAUUGUUGUGACACAGCCUAGGAGAAUCAGUGCCGUUUCAGUGGCUGAACGUGUGGCAUUUGAGCGUGGUGAGGAAGUAGGAAAGAGUUGUGGAUACAGUGUCAGAUUUGAGUCUGUGCUGCCUAGGCCACAUGCCAGCAUAAUGUUCUGUACUGUUGGUGUCUUGCUGAGAAAAUUGGAAGCUGGAAUACGAGGAAUCAGUCAUGUCAUCGUGGAUGAAAUACAUGAGAGAGACAUUAAUACUGAUUUUGUUCUUGUGGUACUGAGGGAUGUUGUUCAAGCUUUUCCUGAUGUUAGAGUUAUUCUGAUGUCAGCCACCAUUGACACCAGUAUGUUCCAGGAGUACUUCUUCAGCUGCCCUAUCAUUGAGGUGUAUGGAAGGACCUUUCCAGUUCAAGAAUAUUUCCUUGAGGAUUGUAUUCAGAUGACACAGUUUGUACCCCCUCCAAGAGAUCGGAGAAAAGGGGGCAAGGAUGAUGAAGGUGGUGACGUUGCAGAUGAUGAUACAAACUGUAAUCUUAUUUGUGAACCUGAUUAUGGCCCUGAGACCAAGCGUGUAAUGGCGCAAAUGAAUGAAAAGGAGACUCCCUUUGAACUGAUUGAAGCCCUGCUGAAGUACAUAGAGUCGCUAGGUGUUCCUGGAGCAGUUCUGAUUUUUUUGCCUGGUUGGAAUCUUAUUUACAGUGUACAGAAGCACCUUGAAUCAAAUCCACACUUUGGAGGCAUGAGCUAUAGGAUCCUUCCUCUGCAUUCUCAGAUUCCCCGUGAAGAACAGCGUAGAGUGUUUGAUAAUGUGCCACCCGGUGUUACUAAGGUCAUUUUAUCAACAAAUAUUGCGGAGACGAGUAUAACCAUCAAUGACGUAGUCUAUGUUAUAGACUCUUGCAAGCAGAAAGUCAAAUUAUUUACUGCUCACAACAACAUGACCAACUAUGCCACAGUAUGGGCAUCUAAAACCAACUUGGAGCAGCGGAAAGGAAGAGCUGGGCGUGUCCGCCCUGGGUUCUGCUUUUAUCUUUGUAGCAAAGCUCGCUUUGACAGGCUUGAAACUCACAUGACACCUGAGAUAUUCCGAACACCUUUACAUGAAAUUGCUCUGAGUAUUAAACUCCUGCGUCUUGGAGGAAUUGGACAGUUCCUUUCUAAGGCCAUUGAACCACCACCACUGGAUGCAGUUAUUGAAGCAGAGCACACACUGAGAGAAUUAGAUGCAUUGGAUGCCAAUGAUGAGCUUACUCCUCUAGGUCGAAUCUUGGCCAGGCUUCCAAUUGAACCCCGUCUUGGAAAAAUGAUGAUCAUGGGAUGCAUUUUCCAUGUUGGUGAUGCCUUGUGCACCAUUUCCGCUGCCACGUGCUUUCCAGAACCUUUCAUUAGUGAAGGAAAGCGACUAGGCUAUGUGCACCGGAACUUUGCUGGGAGCAGAUUCUCUGAUCAUGUGGCAUUGCUGUCUGUGUUCCAAGCUUGGGAUGAUGCAAGGAUGGGAGGUGAAGAUGCUGAAAUGCGUUUCUGUGAACAUAAACGUCUUAAUAUGGCAACAUUGAGAAUGACGUGGGAGGCAAAAGUACAGCUGAAAGAUAUCUUAAUAAGUACUGGAUUCCCUGAAGAAUGCUUAAUGAACCAAGUUUUUAACAACAUUGGUCCAGACAACAAUUUGGAUGUGGUCAUUUCCCUGCUGUCUUUUGGAUUGUAUCCCAAUGUUUGCUAUCAUAAAGAGAAAAGAAAAAUUCUUACUACAGAGGGACGAAAUGCACUUAUUCAUAAAUCAUCUGUCAACUGCCCAUUUAGUAGUCAAGAUAUAAAAUACCCCUCACCUUUUUUUGUAUUCGGAGAAAAGAUUCGUACCCGCGCAAUCUCUGCUAAGUCAAUGACAUUGGUUAGCCCACUUCAGCUACUACUGUUUGCUUCCAAGAAGGUGGCAUCUGAUGGACAGUUGAUCGUGUUAGAUGACUGGAUUAAGCUUUCAAUGUCUCAUUAUGUUGGUGCAUGCAUCACUGCCCUACGUGCUGGUGUAGAAGCCCUUGUUGUUGAGGUUACUAAAGAACCUGAAAUUCUUACUCAGCUUGAUCCAGUUAAUCAACGUCUGCUGAAUGUGAUACGUUUGAUUUCAAGACCAUCAACUGCAGGCAUCAACCUUAUGGCUGGUGGUACAAGGUUAGUGCUGCUUUUAUUUCAUAAGAUUAUAAUGCUGAUACAUUGA